UGGUGAUCAAUUAUUCACUACACGGCCUCCUCAGCUCCGACCCCUCGAUUCUUAACACUACUUAGACCUCGUCUUCCCUCCUCUUUUUCUUUCUCUUUUCUUUCUUUCCUUCUUUCUCUCACUGCUUUCUCUCCCCAAGCUCAUCUAUCUUCUCUUUAUCUUCUUCUUCGUCUCCUUCUUCUUCUUCAUUCAUCCUCUCUUCAUCCUCUCCAUUAUCCAUCCAUCAUGGGUUCUACCAUUCCCCAGACCAUGAAGGCUCUCCGCUAUGAGAAACCAGAAGUGUAUGAGGUGACUGAGAUUCCGGUCCCCACCCUCCGCGACAACGAUGUCUUGAUCAAGGUCAAGGCGUGUGGUGUCUGCGGUACCGAUCUCCACAUUCAUGAGGGGGAAUUCAUUGCCAAGUUUCCAUUGGUCCCCGGCCAUGAGACCGUCGGUGUCGUUGCAGCUGUCGGCCCCAAGGUCAAGGGCUUCAACAUCGGUGAGCGUGUCGUCGCUGACAACUCCGAGCUUUGUGGCGAAUGCUUCUACUGCCGUCGUGGAGAUGAGCUCUUCUGUGAGCACUUUGAGGCCCACGGUGUCACCAUGAACGGAGGCUUUGCUGAAUACUGCGCCUACCCCGCCGGUAGGGUCUUCAAGAUCAAGAAUCUCUCCGAUGUCGACGCUACCCUCCUUGAACCUGCCUCGUGCGCUGCUCAUGGUCUGGACAAGAUCGCCCCCAAGAUGGGUUCCCGCGUUCUGCUCUUCGGUGCCGGUCCCACUGGUUUGAUCCUUGCUCAGUUGCUCCGCCAGUGCGGUGGUUGCCACGUCGUUGUCUGUGCCCCUGAGGGUCUUAAGAUGGAGCUCGCCAAGUCCCUUGAUGCUGGUGACGAGUACAUCGGUCUCUCCCGCCAGGACCCCAGCGCUCAGUUCAAUGCCCUCAAGGCCGACAACCCUUACGGAUUCGACAUCGUGGUAGAGGCCACCGGGAAUGUCAAGAUUCUCGAGGACUCUAUCAACUAUGUUCGCCGUGGUGGUAAGCUCGUUGUGUACGGCGUGUAUUCCAGCAAGGACCGUGUCUCCUGGCCCCCCAGCAAGAUCUUCGGAGAUGAGAUCCAGAUUAUCGGCAGUUUCUCCGAAGUCUACAAGUUCCCCGCUGCCAUCGACUACCUCGACACGGGCAAGGUGAAGGUCAACGGGAUCGUGAACAAGGUCUUCACGAUUGACCAGUGGGCCGAGUGUCUGGAAUCCAUGAAGAACAAAAGCGCCAUCAAGGCAGCCAUCACCUUUGAUUAGGCGGCACGCGAUGAUUAAUGAGUAGACGAUUGACAUUAGCAGUUUGAUAUUCUUUGGCGUAGGAAAAGAAUAAAUAAUAAAUACUUACUUACUUACCCUUGGCAUAUUUCACUUCUCCUCAGCAAGAG